GCCGGGCAGCGGCCGGAAGUGAGGCGCCGCGCUCGGUGGCUUAUAGCGGGAAGUGACGGGCGUGUCCCGGAAGUGCGGGGGUGCGCGGGCGGCGGGGCGGAUCCCGGCGGCGGUGUCAGCGCGGCGCGGAGAGGAGCAGGGCCGUGUAACUCGCGUGCGUGGAGAUGGCAGAGCAGGAGCCGACAGCGGAGCAGCUGGCCCAGAUUGCGGCUGAGAAUGAGGAGGAUGAACACUCAGUCAACUAUAAGCCACCUGCCCAGAAGAGCAUUCAGGAGAUCCAGGAGCUGGACAAGGAUGAUGAGAGUCUGCGCAAGUACAAGGAGGCGCUGCUCGGCGCUGUCACUGUGACUGCAGAUCCUAAUGCUCCAAAUGUGGUGGUGACCAAACUAACUUUGGUUUGUGCUACUGCUCCUGGCCCUCUGGAGCUGGACUUGACAGGUGACCUGGAGAGCUACAAAAAGCAGGCGUUUGUGCUGAAGGAGGGUGUGGAAUACCGGAUAAAAAUCUCCUUUAGGGUGAACAGGGAGAUUGUGUCAGGGUUGAAGUAUAUUCAGCACACGUUCCGAAAAGGAGUGAAAAUUGACAAGACUGAAUACAUGGUUGGGAGCUACGGCCCCCGAGCAGAAGAGUACGAGUUUCUGACCCCCAUGGAAGAAGCUCCUAAGGGCAUGCUGGCCCGGGGCAGCUACAACAUCAAAUCCAAAUUCACAGACGAUGAUAAGACUGACCACCUGUCCUGGGAGUGGAACCUGACCAUUAAGAAGGAUUGGAAGGACUAGCCCUUCCCAAGGCCAAUCCCCAGAGAGCACGAAUCAGACAGUGGCUACCGUAGAAACCCCUCCCUGUACCAAAGUGCUGACAUUGGAACCCUCUUCCCUUUCACUGCCCCCCACCCCCCAUUUUAAGUUGUCCAGAGAGCUCAGUUUUGUAAUGUGCCCCCUCCCCAGAGAAUCACUGAAUAGAACUGACCAAACCAUGCUGUCUGCAUCUGACCUCCAGCUGCCCAUCCCAGGGCCGUGAUGUCCCAGCACAGAGGUGGGAGCGCUCGCUCCUUUGCCCAGCCCUUUGCUGCUUCUCACCUUCCUUUAUUCUGGUAGGUGCUGAAGGGGAGAGACUCCUGUAUUCUGUGUAGGAAGCAGAGCAGAGGAUGUUCUUAACUUUCCUGUGCACAGCUCAGGGUAGCUAUUGCCUCCAAGUGGCUGAGGAACUUUGAUGCCAGGCAGCCGUUGAAUCUGUUGGCUAAAAUCAUGUCUGGCCUGCCCCUUCCAUCCAGUCAGUGUCCUGGGUACACUGGCAACUUCAUUUGUGGAUGUUCCCUGUAACCAUGAUGCCUUAAUGUGUAACAUGAAUCCUCUAGGGAGGGGGCCCUGCCCUUGUUACACUUUUUAAAUGCCCCUCACCUGCCCCGUGUCUGUUGGCAUGGCACUCAUCUCGGUCACGCCCCUCAUGGGUUAUUAGGAAUGAUUCACAGCUCCCCGCUUCGCUGCUGGUCCAUUCUUCACCCAAGACUGGACAUCUCCAACGGGGAGGGUGGUGUGCCAUCCUGGGUGACACCCAGCCCCUUCCCCCAGCCAUCCCUCCAGUGUCCAGAGAGCUGGCCUGGCAGAACCCCUGGCCCUGUUACGUGGAGCUCUGAACUCUCUGGGCAGCCCCAGCGCCUCCGAGGCACGGAGCGGGUUGCAAGGCAGGUAGGUGCAGGAGUCACCAGUGUUGCCAUCACCUCAGACUUCUCGUUGCAGCCUAAGUAGCUGCAAAGCACUGAAAUACCAGGGCAGCACUUGCCCUCCUCGCUCUUUUGGGCUGAGGAUGGACUAGUUUGUUUCUGCAGCUGUUCUCUUGAUGUGAUCAACAAAGAGCUUGCAAUGGACAAAUAUUCAAGAGCAGUUAAUGCCUUAUGUAUCUGUUCUGCCUUUUAAAAUCUGUGCCUGGCCUGUCAGUAUUUAUUGCCUUGACACUAGACUCCCUCCUCCCCUGUGCCCAGACUCCCGCAGCACUCCAGCCUGCCACCCCCAAGGCCGCACUGACAUGGCAGUGAGGGGCGAAGCAGCCCUCUGGGGCCUGUGACCCCCUGGUGACUGGGCAAGUACGUUCCAGCUCCGCAGCCCCUUUAUUCGGAUCCUCCCACACUGAGGUUGUACUAGAACUGGGACCAAGUACAUGUGGUUUUCUCGUAGCUACGUCUCUGCCUCUAACUCUUCCUUGCCCUGCCCCUAGAGAGAUUUUUGUUAAUUUGAUUUGGUGCAUAUUGUCUGUAAAUCCUAGACCCGGGUUAACAGGUUUGGAAUCAUCGUCUGCUUCUCCUUUUAUGACAGUUAAAUAAAAACUUUCAACUGAC